CUCCAUCGUCCAUGUGCAUGAGGACAUGUUUGCUCUGGCUGGAUUUCACCGGAGUGGAACUGAAGCCCUCGGAGGCAGAGGCAGGACGCCGCGGCAUUCCUUUUCGAAACAUGGCGAGUUCCGCUGUACAUAUAUAUAGUGGAAAUAUUGAAUAUCGACGCCCAGUCAGUGACUUUACAGGCCUCCUAUUAGCAAGUUAUGUUUCAAAAAGAAGACGCAGGCAAUAUAAAGGCAGUCCAAUCCACACAAACGUAUGCUAACAGACAGCUAGCAUCACUACUAUAGGAUGUUUUUAAGUUCAGCUCCUGCGCCCGAGUGUCUGAAAUUCACGCAAACGCGUUUUUAAUUACCGUAGUUUCCUCUACAUUACUUUACAGAGCUUAAAGAGCGUGACGGGGGAGACAGACCGACAAAACUCACUGCAGCAACAAGUAGCGAUUCAGGAAGCAGUAUUUCCCACAAUGCACUUCGCCACCAGCCUAUCGACGCGCCGUUACCUUGACGACGCGUGACGCCGGCGUAACCAUAGACGCUUAUCCAGCGAAGACCGGUUGUUCUCUUGAACUAUAGACUACUAGUCAUCUGCACAGAAAUCUGACAAUUGCAAGGCACAUGGAAAGACAAAUAGUUAGGAGGUACAUUUUACUUAAACCCGAGGGUUCAAGACCUCUUUGAAAACAAGUGGGAAUAAAAUAUUUUGUAAUUUUAUGUGUCUACGUGUUUUACUGAAGUGCACUUUUUUCCAGAGCCCCAGAAGCAGUGUGUAAUGAAGAGGAAACUGUUUGAUCCAGAAUACAGCAAUUAAAAACUUGAAUUUUUCUAUAUAUUUUUGCUUUCAGUAUAAACUGCCAGCAUCAGAGAUUGUUGACAUUGAUGCAACUAUCGAGUGAGGUAGUGUUGAAGUCGCACCCCACUAUACAAUGAAUUGGUCUUUGAUCCAGAGAGCUUCAGAAACAUUUCACUUUCAUCUCUGUGAUUCAGAAAGGGCUUGACAAGAACACUGCUUUAAGCUAAACCAUGAUCUCACUUCCUGCAGAGCGGACUUUAGCUGUUCACUAUCAAUCUCAGCUGAACUUUGACCCUUCUCCGGCACUCAGGAGUAAAGGAAAUAUUUGUCAGCCUCAAAGCUCUCCGGGUGUUUUGAGCAGACAUUUGGUGGAACAUGAAGUUUUUCUGAAAAUAGUAGGUCACUAUGUCAGCCAUGGCCACAGAGAACAUGUUCCAGGAGGGUCUCUACCAGGUGUUUGUGAAGGCCAGGCCCUCACAGCGUCGCUCUCAGGUUGAGGAUACUCACAACGUAGAGCUGGACAACGCCAGGAUCCACCGCUGGUUCGGCUCAGUGGUCAACACCAGACUCCUGCUGUCUGGGCUGAUGCAGAUCCUCAGCUCUGUUGCCUGCACGCUCUCAACCGUCACACACGCAUGCGUCAGCUACGACUGCUCCGUCUCCAUGACGACGCCGGCCUGGUCUAGUCUCUUUUUCUUUGCUGCCGGGUGUUUGGCGGUGGCUGUCCAGAGGAGCGCUAACAAGUUAAAGAUCAUCAUUUUGAUGGGUCUGAACAUCUUCACUCUGGUGUUUGGCUUCUCUGCCGCCCUGGCCUUCAGCAUCCGGACCAGAACGGCGGUGCCCCUGAACACACACCAUCAGCUGGCUGGUUCCUACAUCGCCAUGGCAAGUUCUGUCAUCUUCACUGUCCUCUGCAUGAUCCUGUCCAUCUAUGUGAUCUUCCUCUCAUGGAGGGGUCUUCAUCGCUACAGUCCUCCGCAUGUCAAUGCGUACAAUCGUGUUUCGCAGGAGUCGGACGACACCAGUGGACCUUUGCUGGAACAAGUGGAGCUGAAUAUGUGAACUUUUUACUCUUGGAAUCACUCCGCUGUGUUGCGUAACAUUUUUACCUGACAAAGUGCAAUCAUGAGUUGAAUAUGUUGAAAAUGCAAUGAAAUUAUGUAUAAGUCGAAAACAUAUUAAGAAUGUUUUCUUUGUCCUCCAUUUUUGGCGUUUUGUUUUGUCAUAUACAUCUUUUUUUUUUUUUUACCGGUGUUAAAUAAAAUUCUGACGCCUUUGUAGUCCAAGCGGCAACAAUGAAAGACGCUUCCGCAUAGUCACCGGCAGAGGGCGGCAUUGCCCUUAUAUUUACUCCUGAGCGCCACAAAAACUCCUUGCGUGAAGCACAUCUUCAGCAGCUUGUUUGAGCGGGUCGUCAAGGUGGUGUGGAACAAAGUGAAUUUCAAAUCUGCCAAUGUUCAGACCACCAUAUACACAUCUUAAUGUUGACCUCAUCUACUGACCUUUGACCUCAUACCAGUCAUGCCUCUUGUCCAACAACUACUCCACGCUCACUCAACACACUAGAUUAAAAAAAAAAGUCAGCUAGUUUCUCACGCCAUGCUGGACUAACAACUUCCAGCUGUUGCCUGGUCGGCAGCGCUGCUAUGGGAACAUGGUGAGCACACACAGCAACAUGGGAUUCAUCAGCACAUGGACGCAAGAGAAGAAGAGAAAGCAGGACCAAGAGGACGGGGGUCUGCCAAAAACACAUGAGUGAUUCUUCUGGGAGAAAAGUGUGUGUUAGUCGCUGCUGAAAAAUGCCUCCAUCCUUUUGUCCAGCUGUUAACUCGCCUCCUGUCCAGAUGGUGGUGAGUAAUGUCGUUUGAAGCCCAUCUUCAUCUGUAAUUCCACAGGAAAUCCUCUUCCUCCUCUGAGGAGAAAGUGUGGGGGGAGCAGAGGGUCUGGACGUGAUGACAAGACGGUUCGUCUGGAGGGAGAGGAAGCUUUGACCAGAUGUGGGGAUUCCCUGAGAUUACAUCUACAGGGGCCCUUAAAUAUUCAAACAGGCUCAAGACUUUACCUUAAGAUAACAUGUUUCAACUCUCGUUUUAUAUAUAUAUAUAUAUGUUUUCUCCAUUUUUUUGU